AUGCAACAAACAAUUUACUUCUCACAAGACCCAUCAUCGUCGACACAUUCUUUCUCACAUGUGUCGCGACAAAAACGUCGAGUCAGUUUUGCCUAUAUUUACAGCGUGUCCUUUCUAAAAAUGCGGCAACUGUCUAUUGACGAAAAUCUUCGUGAUGUUGUGUUGAUCUCGACUUGGCUUCAAAGACAUUUGACCAAACAACAAGAAAUUCAACGAAUACGCCAACAACAAGAAAUUGAGAAACAAAUGAAGCGAUUGGGUCUUUGUGAAGAGGACGCAGAUUUGCAUAAUAAUGAAAUGGAAGAAGACGAAGACGAAUUUGAUUGUCGUGGUAUCAAAAUUAAAAAAUGA